AACACAUAAUUCUCUAUACUUUAUAUGAAUGAGUUUGUGUGUGUGAGUGAAAAGUGUAACAUGGGGGAUAGAAAAGAUGAAAAUGGAUCUUCUUUACAGUCACCUUUGCUUCAAAUAAUAUCAGUGCAAAAGGAUGAUACAGAGGCAGUGAGAGAGCAAUACAAGGAAAGGGUGGUAGAACUAGAAUCAGUAAGAAGAAAAAAUUUCUUUGAAGAAGUGAAGAAGCAGUUAUGGCUAGCAGGGCCUUUGACAUCUGCGUCUCUUUUAAAUUUUGGCAUACAGAUUAUAUCUGUGAUGUUUGUUGGCCACCUUGGCGAGUUGCCUCUCGCAGGUGCUUCAAUGGCUACUUCUUUUACUUCUGUCACUGGCAUUAGUGUAUUGCUAGGAAUGGCAACUGCGUUGGAUACCUUGUGUGGCCAAUCAUAUGGAGCAAAGCAGGAGCAGAUGUUAGGCAUACACAUGCAGAGGGCCAUGCUCAGUCUUAUGAUUGUCAGCAUACCCUUAGCUAUUAUCUGGGCAAACACCAGUUCCAUUCUGAUUUUCCUUGGCCAAGAUCCUGAAAUAUCUGAAGAAGCCGGAAAAUUUGCUCAAUUAAUGAUCCCAAGCCUUUUUGCUUAUGGUCUUCUUCAAUGCUUAAACAGAUUCUUACAAACCCAAAAUAUUGUAUUUCCACUGACCUUCACCUCUGGAGCUGCUACUUUGCUACAUCUUAUGUUAUGUUGGAUUUUGGUCUUCAAAUCUGGACUGGGGAGUAGUGGAGCUGCCAUAGCAAAUUCUAUAUCUUACUGUGUGAAUGUUUUGAUGCUGGCACUCUAUGUAAAGUUUUCUCCUUCUUGUGCAAAAACUUGGACAGGAUUUUCAAAAGAGGCACUGCAUAAUAUUCCUUCUUUUCUGAGGCUUGCUAUUCCUUCAGCUGCUAUGGUUUGCUUGGAGAUGUGGUCAUUUGAAAUGGUGGUUCUCCUAUCCGGUCUUCUGCCAAACCCUAAGUUGGAAACAUCAGUAUUUUCUAUCUGCUUGAAUACAGCAGAAACUUUUUGGAUGAUCUCAUUUGGUUUCAGUGGAGCUGUGAGCACUCGAGUAUCAAAUGAACUAGGCGCUGCUCAUCCUUCGGCUGCAUGUUUAGCAGUUCAUGUUGUCUUAGUAAUGGCACUUAUCGAAGGAACCUUAGUUGGAACAGUGAUGAUAUUAAUCCGCAAUAUUUGGGCCUAUGCGUAUAGUAAUGAAAUAGAGGUGGUCGAAUAUGUAGCAAAAAUGUUGCCAAUUCUUGCAGUAUCACACUUCCUGGAUGGAUUCCAGUGUGUGCUUUCAGGUGCAGUUAGAGGAUGUGGUUGGCAGGAAAUUGGUGCCAUUAUCAACCUAGGCUCUUAUUAUGCAGUUGGGAUUCCAUCAGCUAUUGUGUUAGCUUUUGUAUUAUGUAUUGGAGGGAAGGGGCUUUGGCUAGGGAUGAUAUGUGCACUUGUUGUACAAGUAGUGUCUUUAGUAAUCAUAACCUUACGUACUGAUUGGGAGCAGGAGGCAAAGAAGGCUAUAGAUAGAGUCAAUGAUUCAAUGACACCAGAGAGCAUAGUAUCCUGAAGUUGUACCAUCUUCAAAGCUACACAUUCAGAGCAAAAUAAUUCAAUGA